UCAUCGAUAUAUACAGCGAUAACAGAAGGCUCGAUGGUGGGAACGGUCGACAGGACGGCCGGGCUGGAUGUAUAGGACUUGUAUUGUUCGGGUUCAGACGAUGCUAAAUAGUCUUCUGGUUUGGUGCCUUCUUUUGAUAAUUGUAGAACAUUUGAAAUUUACAUUGAUUGCAGUUUUUCUGAGAAUAACUAUCGGUUUAGAGAUCAGUAAUUGAACUAUUGUACUGUAUUAAUAUAGUCUAUUAACAGUCACUGAAAACUUUGUUCUAGUGAGCAUUUUCCUUUUUAUCAGUUAGGCAAAGAGGUUUUAUGGAGAAAUAUGUUCUUACAAAUUAUUGUGACCAUUUAGCAAGUAUUAUGAAGUAUGAUGAAUUCAUAAAUUUUCCUUUAUAUCAGAUCACGAGCCUCAGGAUGAUGAGAGACCCGGCCUUGUUGAUCCUCCUAUACCUUGUUCUUCCAAAUGAAGUUUGGGCAGCUGAGAGACGCUAUGAUGCUUACCAGCAUGAUAUAAGGAAAGCCAUGACACCAUCCUCCAACGACACUGUCAAUAGUGUCACCAUUUUUAACACCGCUCCAAAUAAUAUCAAAGCCUCCAUCUCUACCACUAACAACGCGACGACUUAUCAGGAAUACAGGGUGGAUGAGGACCUGCGCUUUACACACCUAAUGACUUUCCUCAUCAAGCUCACCUCCGGCCGACAGAUAUAUUUGGUGUACGAUGACGUCACUCCAGGAGUAGGAGGCGUGUUGAGGGCGUGCCGGGAGGCGUGGGUGGACACCACUCUGCUCCCUUACCAGCCCACCGCCGCCCUGCUCACAGAGACACUCAGAGCCUACUAUCACGUCCAACCCAUCAGGAACGUCUUUGUCCUCUGCUCCCCGCCCCACCUCGCCGCUCUUUUUCAAAAAGUAAGUCAACGCUUCAACAGUUAUUUAAAUUAAAAUAUAUACAAUAUGUUAAAAGUGGCGUUGUGAAACGAAUGUAUUUAGAUAGAUAGAUAGAAAAGAUUACCAUUAUGAGUGAGAUCGAGGGGAAGUGGGGAUAAGAACAAUUAUGAAAAGGAGGUAGGCCGUGUGGGAAAACUCUGGGCAGAAAAUACCGUUAUAUGAAACCCAAGGUGUAGGAAUGGGGGACCCCCCGAAGGCAAAGGACUGUUCCCCAUGGCAUAAGUGUCAGAUAUGCUCGUAAAACUCAAAUUCCGAGAAGACACAUGUGAUAUUCUGUGAAAACCCGAAGGCACCCUAGCUAGCGUGACAUGGCGGAUGGGCUCUCAACACCUGUCCAUUACGAGGGUUCAUUUUGCCAUCAAGUAUGGACAUUAAUGACGUAGACAUCACUCCCAAAACGUUCAUUACUUGCGCAU